UUGGAGAAACGGCGUCGCGCACGGGGCGGGCGUCGCGGGGAGCGGAGCUCCCCGGAUGGCCGGCGGAGGCUUCCGCUACGGGACCCGGAAGGGGUCGCGCUGUCGCUGAUGGGAGUUGUAGUCCGGCCGUGGUUGGGGGGGGGCCAGCGGCUCAUGCGCCGUGCACCGAGGCUUGUUUCACAUCUGUAACAACAGGAGGAGGCCCAGCCUCGUGAUGAGGAAUAGCAAGGGGAGAAUUCAGUUCCAGUUCAAAAGCCUACACAAUCUGAGCCUGUUCCUGCGUUUAUAAGGAUUCCAGCUUUCCCUCUUGGCCAGACAUGUUCAGCCUGGACUCAUUCAGAAAAGAUCGGGCCCAGCACAGACAGCGUCAGUGCAAACUUCCCCCACCCCGCCUUCCGCCCAUGUGUGUCAACCCCGCCCCUGGAGGCACCAUCUCUCGAGCUUCCAGGGACCUAUUAAAAGAGUUCCCACAGCCUAAAAACCUUCUCAACAGUGUGAUUGGGAGAGCCCUUGGUAUCUCACAUGCAAAAGACAAACUAGUCUACGUACACACAAAUGGACCGAAGAAAAAGAAAGUCACCCUGCACAUCAAGUGGCCCAAGAGCGUAGAGGUAGAAGGCUAUGGCAGCAAGAAGAUCGAUGCGGAGAGGCAAGCUGCAGCUGCCGCCUGCCAGCUGUUCAAGGGCUGGGGUCUGCUGGGUCCCCGGAACGAGCUGUUUGAUGCAGCCAAGUACCGAGUGCUAGCUGAUCGCUUUGGCUCUCCAGCUGACAGCUGGUGGCGUCCGGAACCAACCAUGCCCCCCACUUCCUGGCGGCAGCUGAAUCCCGAGAGCAUUCGGCCAGGGGGACCUGGCCUACCCCGCUCUUUGGGCCGGGAGGAAGAGGAGGAUGAGGAGGAAGAACUCGAAGAAGGGACCAUUGAUGUUUCCGAGUUCCUGUCCCUGACCCAGCAGGACUCCCAUAACCCACUUAGGGACUCGAGGGGGGGCUCCUUUGAAAUGACAGACGACGACAGUGCUAUUAGGGCUCUGGCGCAGUUUCCACUUCCCAAGAACCUUCUCGCCAAGGUGAUUCAGAUCGCCACCUCUUCCUCCACAGCCAAGAACCUCAUGCAGUUCCAUACUGUGGGCACGAAGACCAAGCUGUCCACGCUCACGCUGCUCUGGCCCUGCCCCAUGACUUUUGUUGCUAAAGGGCGCCGCAAAGCAGAGGCAGAGAAUAAGGCAGCCGCCUUGGCCUGCAAGAAACUGAAGAGCCUGGGCCUGGUGGACAGGAAUAACGAGCCCCUCACCCACGCCAUGUAUAACCUGGCCUCCCUGCGGGAGCUGGGCGAGACGCAGCGCCGGCCGUGCACCAUCCAAGUCCCCGAGCCCAUCCUCCGCAAGAUCGAGACCUUCCUGAAUCACUACCCCGUGGACAGCUCGUGGAUCUCCCCCGAGCUCCGGCUACAGAGUGAGGACGUCUUGCCGCUGGGCAAGGACUCGGGGCCCCUGAGCGACCCCAUCACAGGCAAGCCCUACGUGCCACUGUCGGAGGCCGAGGAGCUGCGCCUGAGCCAGAGCCUGCUGGAGCUGUGGCGGCGGCGAGGGCCGCUGUGGCAGGAGACCCCGCAGCUCCCCGUGGAUCCCCACCGGGACGCCAUCCUCGGGGCCAUCGAGCAGCACCCCGUGGUGGUCAUCGCGGGGGACACGGGCUGCGGGAAGACCACCCGCAUCCCCCAGCUGCUGCUGGAGCGCUUUGUGACCGAGGGCCGCGGGGCCCGCUGCAACGUGAUCAUCACGCAGCCGCGCCGCAUCUCGGCCGUGUCGGUGGCGCAGCGUGUGAGCCACGAGCUGGGCCCGGCCCUGCGCCGCAACGUGGGCUUCCAGGUGCGCCUGGAGAGCAAGCCCCCGGCCCGCGGCGGCGCGCUGCUCUUCUGCACCGUGGGCAUCCUGCUGCGGAAGCUGCAGAGCAACCCCAGCCUGGAGGGCGUCAGCCACGUCAUUGUGGACGAGGUCCACGAGCGCGACGUCAACACGGACUUCCUGCUCAUCCUGCUCAAGGGCCUGCAGCGGCUCAACCCGGCCCUGCGGCUGGUGCUCAUGAGCGCCACGGGUGACAACGAGCGCUUCUCCCGCUACUUUGGCGGCUGCCCGGUCAUCAAGGUGCCGGGCUUCAUGUACCCCGUCAAGGAGCACUACCUGGAGGACAUCCUGGCCAGGCUGGGCAAGCACCAGUUCCCGCACCGGCACCGGCACCACGAGUCCGAGGACGAAUGUGCGUUGGAUUUGGACCUGGUGACGGAUCUGGUUCUGCACAUCGAUGCCCGCGGGGAGCCAGGUGGGAUCCUGUGCUUCCUACCCGGCUGGCAGGAGAUCAAGGGGGUGCAGCAGCGCCUCCAGGAGGCCCUGGGCGCCCACGAGAGCAAGUACCUCAUCCUGCCAGUGCACUCCAACAUCCCCAUGAUGGACCAGAAGGCCAUCUUCCAGCAGCCUCCGGUGGGCGUGCGCAAGAUCGUCCUAGCCACCAACAUCGCCGAGACGUCCAUCACGGUCAACGACAUCGUGCACGUGGUGGACAGCGGCCUGCACAAGGAAGAGCGCUACGACCUCAAGACCAAGGUGUCCUGCCUGGAGACGGUGUGGGUCUCCCGGGCCAAUGUGAUCCAGCGCCGGGGCCGCGCUGGCCGAUGCCAGUCGGGCUUCGCCUACCACCUGUUCCCGCGGAGCCGGCUGGAGAAGAUGGUUCCCUUCCAAGUGCCGGAGAUCCUGCGCACGCCGCUGGAGAACCUGGUGCUGCAGGCCAAGAUCCACAUGCCGGAGAAGACGGCCGUGGAGUUCCUCUCCAAGGCGGUGGACAGCCCGAACAUCAAGGCGGUGGAUGAGGCGGUGAUCCUGCUGCAGGAGAUCGGCGUGCUGGACCAGCGCGAGUACCUGACGACGCUCGGGCAGCGCCUGGCGCACAUCUCCACCGACCCGCGGCUAGCCAAGGCCAUCGUGCUGGCCGCCAUCUUCCGCUGCCUGCACCCGCUGCUGGUGGUGGUGUCCUGCCUCACGCGGGACCCCUUCAGCAGCAGCCUGCAGAACCGCGCCGAGGUGGACAAGGUGAAGGCGCUGCUGAGCCACGACAGCGGCAGCGACCACCUGGCGUUCGUGCGCGCCGUGGCCGGCUGGGAGGAGGUGCUGCGCUGGCAGGACCGCUCGUCCCGCGAGAACUACCUGGAGGAGAACCUGCUCUACGCGCCCAGCCUGCGCUUCAUCCACGGGCUCAUCAAGCAGUUCUCGGAGAACAUCUAUGAGGCGUUCCUGGUGGGGAAGCCGUCCGACUGCACGCUGCCCUCGGCGCAGUGCAACGAGUACAGCGAGGAGGAGGAGCUGGUGAAGGGCGUGCUCAUGGCGGGCCUCUACCCCAACCUCAUCCAGGUACGGCAGGGCAAGGUGACCCGGCAAGGCAAGUUCAAGCCCAACAGCGUCACGUACAGGACCAAAUCCGGCAACAUCCUGCUGCACAAGUCCACCAUCAACAGGGAGGCCACGCGGUUGCGGAGCCGCUGGCUCACCUACUUCAUGGCGGUCAAGUCCAACGGCAGCGUGUUCGUGCGCGACUCGUCGCAGGUGCACCCGCUGGCCGUGCUGCUGCUGACGGACGGCGACGUGCACGUCCGCGACGACGGGCGCCGCGCCACCAUCUCGCUGAGCGACAGCGACCUGCUGCGUCUGGAGGGCGACUCGCGCACCGUGCGGCUGCUGCGGGAGCUGCGGCGCGCGCUGGGCCGCAUGGUGGAGCGCAGCCUGCGGAGCGAGCUGGCCGCGCUGCCGCCCGCCGUGCAGCAGGAGCACGGGCAGCUGCUGGCGCUGCUGGCCGAGCUGCUGCGGGGGCCCUGCGGCAGCUUCGACGUGCGCAAGACGGCCGACGACUGAGCCCCGCGCGCCGCGGGGCGUGUACAGAGUGCAAAUGUUUUAUUUAAAAUAAAGUUCUAUUUAUCCCUUGUGA